UGUUUGAGUGAAUCGGAAAGGAGGCGGCGGCUGUGGCUGCGGGCGGGAGCUGCUCCGAAGCUACACCUCGCUAGGGCUCCCCCCUUUCCCCGCCCCCUCCCCCAACCCUUUUCCCCUCCCCAGGCCACCCAGACCGCCCAGCUCCCAGCGGAGAGCAAAGAUUUUCUCGCAGUUCAUAGGCAACCAGAACAAUGUUCUACGCACAUUUUGUUCUCAGUAAAAGAGGGCCUCUGGCCAAAAUUUGGCUAGCGGCCCAUUGGGAUAAGAAGCUAACCAAAGCCCAUGUGUUUGAGUGUAAUUUAGAGAGCAGCGUGGAGAGUAUCAUCUCACCGAAGGUGAAGAUGGCACUGCGAACAUCAGGACAUCUCUUACUGGGAGUAGUUCGAAUCUAUCACAGGAAAGCCAAAUAUCUGCUUGCAGACUGUAAUGAAGCAUUCAUUAAGAUAAAGAUGGCUUUUCGGCCAGGUGUUGUUGACCUGCCUGAAGAAAAUCGGGAGGCAGCCUAUAAUGCCAUUACUUUACCUGAAGAAUUUCAUGACUUUGAUCAACCACUGCCAGACUUAGAUGACAUUGAUGUAGCCCAGCAGUUCAGCCUGAACCAGAGUAGAGUGGAAGAGAUAACCAUGAGAGAGGAAGUUGGGAACAUCAGUAUACUACAAGAAAAUGAUUUUGGUGACUUUGGAAUGGAUGAUCGUGAGAUAAUGAGAGAAGGCAGUGCAUUUGAGGAUGAUGACAUGUUAGUAAGCACGAGUGCUUCUAACCUACUCCUAGAACCUGAACAGAGCACCAGCAAUCUGAAUGAGAAAAUUAACCAUUUAGAAUAUGAAGACCAAUAUAAAGAUGAUAAUUUUGGAGAAGGAAAUGAUGGUGGAAUAUUAGAUGACAAACUUAUUAGUAAUAAUGAUGGCGGUAUCUUUGAUGAUCCCCCCGCCCUCUCUGAGGCAGGGGUGAUGUUGCCAGAGCAGCCUGCACACGAUGAUAUGGAUGAAGACGAUAAUGUAUCAAUGGGUGGGCCUGACAGUCCUGAUUCAGUGGAUCCUGUUGAACCAAUGCCAACUAUGACUGAUCAGACAACACUUGUUCCAAAUGAGGAAGAAGCAUUUGCUUUGGAACCCAUUGAUAUAACUGUCAAAGAAACAAAAGCCAAGAGGAAGAGGAAGCUAAUUGUUGACAGUGUCAAAGAGUUGGAUAGCAAGACAAUUAGAGCCCAACUUAGUGAUUAUUCUGAUAUUGUUACUACUUUGGAUCUGGCACCACCUACCAAGAAAUUGAUGAUGUGGAAAGAAACAGGAGGAGUGGAAAAACUUUUCUCUUUACCUGCUCAGCCUUUAUGGAAUAACAGACUACUGAAGCUCUUUACACGCUGUCUUACACCACUUGUACCAGAAGAUCUUAGAAAAAGGAGAAAAGGAGGAGAGGCAGAUAAUUUGGAUGAGUUCCUCAAAGAAUUUGAAAAUCCAGAGGUUCCUAGAGAGGACCAGCAGCAGCAGCAUCAACAGCGAGAUGUUAUUGAUGAGCCUAUUUUGGAGGAGCCCAGCCGCCUCCAAGAGUCAGUGAUGGAGGCCAGCAGAACAAACCUGGAUGAGUCGGCCAUGCCCCCACCACCACCUCAGGGGGUUAAGCGAAAAGCUGGACAAGUUGAUCCAGAGCCUGUGAUACCUCCACAGCAGGUAGAACAGAUGGAAAUACCACCUGUAGAGCUGCCCCCAGAAGAACCUCCAAAUAUUUGUCAGCUAAUACCAGAGUUAGAACUUCUGCCAGAAAAAGAAAAGGAGAAAGAGAAGGAGAAAGAGGAUGAUGAAGAGGAAGAGGAUGAAGAUGCUUCAGGGGGUGAUCAGGAUCAAGAAGAAAGGAGAUGGAACAAAAGGACUCAGCAGAUGCUUCAUGGUCUUCAGCGAGCUCUUGCCAAAACUGGAGCUGAAUCCAUCAGUUUGCUUGAAUUAUGUCGAAACACAAACAGAAAACAGGCUGCAGCAAAGUUCUACAGCUUCUUGGUUCUCAAAAAGCAGCAAGCUAUUGAGCUGACACAGGAAGAACCAUACAGUGACAUCAUUGCAACACCUGGACCAAGGUUCCAUAUUAUUUGAAGAGCUAGAAGCAUUAUAGCUAGUGUUCAUUCACUAGUACAUACAAAUUGCCCCCAUGUGUAGGGCACACAAAAAAACCCUUUAAGAAAAAUUUUAGGUUCUUGUCUAUCCAAAAUCUCUACCUUUUUUUUCUUCAUUUUUUUCCCCAGUAUUUUAAAUAUGUCCAUUUCAUCUUUAAGGGAAAUUGCUUAUAUGAGUUGUAUUUGUGUUCUGAUGGAGAAAAGAGCACCCCCAAGGACCCAGAAGAUUAUUUUAACAGUUCAGGACAGAUGUGUGCAAUAUUGGUGCAUGUAAUAAUGUUGAAUAACUGUCGACAAGUCAUAUUUUUAUCUUAGUUCUCCAUCACUGUGUUGAAAAGGAAAACCUGUCUAGGAAAAUGCCUGACAGUUUAAUUAAGAACUAUGGUAUAAUGUCUCUGACAGGAAAGAAAAUGUCUUCUCAUCAGUAAAACUGGCAAUCUGGUUAAACACUGUACUUAGCAGUGGUACCUGCAUCAGAGAUCAUCUUCUUGAAAGCAUAAUUCCAUAAUGAGCAAAUGUAUGUGAAUUUGUGUUGUGACUGAUCCCCGUCAGCUACAACAAGAGGACUGGCUUGGUUUAAAGCAGUCUACUUUGUAAAUCAUUCCAUCUGAGUCUUUAUGAAGAACUUUGCUGUCCUGAGUUCUGUUGUUUUAGUGCAGCUCCAAAAUGAACAGAAAUAGACUUAUUAAAAUGGAAUGACUAUUAAAAACAUUUGUGACUUCCAGGAGCUAUAAAUCAGAGUUUUAAAAUGUGGUUGGAUAUAUUUGAGUGUUCAGAUCAUGAAAAUAGAAAUUCCCCUCCCUACUAAAAGGGCAGACUGAUGGGAAAUUAUACACCAGAUUGACUUAACCUUUAAGCAGACAAUGCUGUAAAAACUAAUGGCUUCUCUGAUAUUUAUUAUAAAUGUUAGUACUGAUCUCUUUUUCCAAUGCUGCACACUCCUGUGUUGGAACUUUUAAUAGCUUUGCAACUGAAAUCCUAUAUCCGGUUUCCUAUAAUUUAAAUGAAGAAAAGCAUUCAAAUAAAGGCUUUAAUAUUAACAGACCAGAUAGUACCAGAAAUUAUGUGACUAUUAUGAUUAUCAAAACUUGUCUUAACUUUUUAGGGAAAAAUUACACUGAAAGUUCUAGUUUAAGUGUUGGCACUUUUGUGGGAAAAAAAGACUCACUUUCAAAACUCAGACUUCAGUGUAUACCCAGUAAUUUAAAAUUAUGUGAAAUGUUUUAAAUUUGUAAACUCGUAAUUACUGUUUUAAUGAUUCAGUUUCUUGAGAAUGGUAAUUGUAUAAAAUUGCUAUUGCCGUUUUAUUUUCAAUAUAAUGUGCCUGUAAACCAUGGAUUUUUCCCCCUCUGUAAAAAGACAUUGUAGAUAAUUGAAUGUUUGAUUAUAGAAAGGUCAUUAGUUUCUUGUUACACAUUUUGUUAGUCUGGUUUUUGUUGCUUAUCGGGUUUAAUAUUGUUCUUGAAAAUAGUUGAUGCUAUGUUAUGUAUAACUUUUCUAAUAAAAGUUGUGUCAUAAGCUGUAAA